AUGUCUCUCGUCAAUCUCGCCUCGGUGUGCGCACACCUGAACAAUGCCACCAAAGCCAGACUCGGCCUUACUUCAAUUCCCAACACCAACUUGCACCUGAAGCUGUGUCAGGCCCUUAAGAACGAUGGCUACCUCUCCACCGUCGUUCGCGGCGGCCCGACUCCUCCACCUGCGCACCCAAUCCUCGGUUUCCCCGCCGCUAACGACGUUGAGCCUAUCACUCGGGAUAACGUCGCGUCAAGGCGCCUCUGGUUGGGCCUGAAAUACUGGCGCAACGAGUCGGUUUUGGGGAAGGUCCAGCUGGUCAGCAAGCCGACACGACGAGUCCGGGUCACUGUUGAGGACCUGCGAAAAAUUGUCCGUGGCGAAGAGUCCAAUUACGUGGCUGGACUGCGCUCUCCGGGUGAGAGUCUCUACAUCUCGACGGACCAGGGAAUCCUGGAGGCUCGCCAAUGUGUGGAAAAGAAGAUCGGUGGCCAGGCGUUGUGCCGGGUUCUAUAA